AUGGCCGGCCUGCUGCUGCCGCUGCUGCUGCUGCUGUGGGGCGGGGGCCGCGGCGGCCGGGCCCAGAGGGCAGGUUGCAAGAGCGUCCAGUACGACCUGGUGUUCCUGCUGGACACGUCCUCCAGCGUGGGCCGUGGGGACUUCCAGAAGGUGCAGCAGUGGGUGGCCCACCUGGUGGACACCUUCGAGGUGGGGCCGGCGCACACCCGCGUGGGCGUGGUGCACUACAGCGACCGGCCCGCCACGGCCUUCGAGCUGGGCCGCCCCCAGUCGCGGGCGGCGGUGAAGGCGGCCGCGCGGGCGCUGGCCUUCCAGGGCGGCCACACCCGCACGGGCGACGCGCUGCGCUACAUCACGCGCCACAGCUUCUCGCCGCGGGCCGGCGGCCGGCCGGGCGACCGCGCCGUCCAGCAGGUGGCCAUCCUGCUCACGGACGGCCGCAGCCAGGACCUGGUGCAGGAGGCCGCGGCCGCCGCGCACCGGGCCGGCAUCCGCGUCUUCGCCGUGGGCGUCGGGGAGGCGCUGCGGGAGGAGCUGGAGGAGAUCGCCUCGCGGCCCACGUCCGCCCACGUCUUCCACGUGUCCGACUUCGACGCCAUCGACCGCAUCCGGGGCAAGCUGCGGCGCCGCCUGUGCGAGAACGUGCUGUGCCCCAGCGUCAGCGUGGAGGGACACCGCUUCAAGCACACCAACGGCGGCACCAAGGAGAUCACAGGGUUUGACCUGAUGGACCGGUUCCGGGUGAAGGACGUGCUGGGGCAGCAUGAGGAUGGGGUGCAGAGCUCCUACGUGCGGAUGGGGUCCUUCCCCGUGGUGCAGCGGACCGAGGACGUGUUCCCCCAAGGCCUGCCGGACGAGUACGCCUUCGUCACCACCUUCCGCUUCCGGAAGAGCUCGCGGAGAGAGGACUGGUACAUCUGGCAGGUCAUCGACCAGUACGGCAUCCCGCAGGUGUCCCUCCGGCUGGACGGCGAGAACAAGGCGGUCGAGUACAACGCCGUGGGCGCCCUGGAGGACGCCGUCAGGGUGGUCUUCCGCGGCGCCCGGGUGGACGACCUGUUUGACCGGGACUGGCACAAGCUGGCGCUGAGCGUGCAGGCCCAGAGCGCCUCGCUGUACAUCGACUGCGCGCUGGUGCAGACGCUGCCCCUGGAGGAGAGGGAGAACAUCGACAUCCAGGGCAAGACGGUCCUUGGCAAGCGCCUGUACGACAGCGUGCCCAUCGACUUUGACCUGCAGCGCGCUGUCAUCUACUGCGACUCCCGCCACGCGGAGCUGGAGACCUGCUGUGACAUCCCCACGGGCCCGUGCCAGGUGACCGUGCAGACCGAGCCCCCGCCCCUGGCCCCGCCGCCACCCACUGCCGGCAGCGAGCAGGUCGGCUUUCUGAAGACCAUCAACUGCUCCUGCCCCGCCGGAGAGAAGGGAGAAAAGGGCUCCGCUGGCCCCGUGGGACUGCCCGGCCCCAAGGGCGACAGGGGCAGCCCCGGGCUGUUCGGGGCUCCGGGACCCAAGGGUGAGAAAGGCGACUCGGGCCGAGGACCAUUCGUCCACGGAGAGAAGGGUGAAAAGGGUUCCCUGGGCCCGCCCGGCCCCCCCGGGAGAGACGGCAGCAAAGGCGUGCGGGGGGAGACCGGAGAGCCGGGGCUGCCUGGCGAGGUGGGCAUGCGGGGGUCGCCGGGGCCGCCCGGACUUCCCGGCCCACCCGGCCACGUCGGCGCUCCGGGUCUCCAGGGAGAGCGCGGGGAGCGGGGAGCCCGAGGAGAAAAGGGCGAGCGCGGCCUGGACGGCUUCCCCGGGAAGCCGGGGCUGGCGGGGGAGCAGGGAAGGCCUGGCCCUCCCGGCACAGCCGGGCCCCCGGGAGAGAAGGGCGACGUGGGGCCGGCAGGGCCGCCUGGCGUCCCGGGAUCCGUGGUGCAGAGAGAGGGCCUGAAGGGCGAGCAGGGAGCUCCAGGACCACGGGGUCACCAGGGCCCCCCUGGGCCUCCAGGAGCCCCGGGGCUGACGGGCCCAGAAGGCCAGGCGGGACCCCCGGGCCUGCAAGGUCUCCGGGGCAAGAAAGGCGAAGGGGGCGUCCCGGGACCGCCUGGACCGCUGGGACCACAGGGCCCCCCCGGACCACCCGGUGUCCCCGGCCCCCCUGGCCCUGGAGGCCCCUCGGGUUUGCCCGGAGAGAUCGGCUUCCCGGGAAAGCCGGGGCACCCCGGGCCGGCGGGGCCGCCUGGGAAGGACGGGCUGCCCGGGCCCCCCGGCCUGCCAGGGCCCAAGGGACAGCCCGGAGACCGCGGGGCGGACGGCCUGCCCGGGAAGCCGGGCCUGCGGGGAGAGGUUGGGGAGCAGGGCCUGGCCGGCCGCCCGGGAGAGAAGGGCCAGGCGGGCCUCCCCGGAGCCCCCGGGUUCCCGGGCCUGAGCGGAGAGAAGGGACCGCAGGGAGAGAAGGGCGGCCCGGGCCCCCCGGGCCCGAAAGGCGACCGAGGCGACAAGGGUGAAGCUGGUCCGGCCGGCCCCCCGGGACUGCCUGGAACACCUUCCUUCUUCACCCCGUACCCCAGGACGCCAGGAGAGCAAGGCCCGAAAGGAGAGAAGGGUGACCGUGGUGUGCCCGGUGAGCCGGGGCUGCAGGGCGAACUCGGGCCUCCAGGACCCCCUGGGCUGCCGGGCGCCAAGGGACAAGAUGGCGCACGCGGAGCCGCUGGAGACCCCGGCGCUCCUGGCCCCCUAGGGCCCCCCGGUCCCAGCGGCCCCCCAGGAAGUGCGGGCCCCCCUGGAGUCAGAGGCCCCCCUGGGAAAGACGGGGAGCGCGGCGAGAAGGGAGCAGCUGGGGAAGAGGGGCGCCCGGGGCCGGCGGGCCCCCGCGGGGAUCCUGGAGCUCCCGGGCACCCCGGGCCUCCCGGGGCGGGGAAGGACGGAGAGCCGGGGCCUCGGGGGCCGCCCGGACUGCCUGGACCUCUUGGCACCAAGGGGGACCGAGGUGUCCCCGGGAUCCCUGGCUCUCCCGGCACCCGCGGUGACCCGGGCCUCGGGGUUGCCGGCCCUCCUGGCCCUUCCGGACCCCCCGGAGACAAAGGCCCCCCGGGACCGCGAGGCUCGCCCGGAUUCCCCGGCCCCCAGGGCCCCACUGGCCAGGAUGGCGCCCCAGGGAGUCCCGGCGAGCGGGGGCCUCCGGGCACACCGGGCCCCUCUUCGCCCCUGGCUCCCGAGGACGUCCGGCUCCUGGUUCAGGACGUGUGCAAGGACUGCCCCCCGGGCCCCCCGGGCCUGCCCGGCCUGCCGGGCUUUAAGGGGGACAAAGGGCUCCCGGGAAAGCCAGGGAGAGACGGCUCGGACGGGAAGAAGGGCGAGGCUGGGCCCAGAGGCCUUCCCGGGCCCCCAGGAGCCGCGGGCCUGCAGGGAAGCCCCGGAGAGCGCGGAGCCGACGGUGAGGCGGGGCCGAAGGGCGAGCCGGGCCGCCCCGGAGUGCCAGGCUUCAUGGGGCCCCCGGGGAGCCCUGGGCCGCCGGGAGCCGAUGGAGUCGCAGGAGCUGCGGGACCGCCAGGCACUCCGGGGCCACCGGGGAAAGAAGGUCCCCCCGGCCCCGAAGGCCCAUCGGGGUUACCCGGAAUCCCAGGAGCAGAAGGCAAAGAGGGCAGGGACGGAAAACCUGGUGCCCCCGGAGAGCCGGGCAAAGCAGGAGAGCCGGGCCUGCCAGGGCCGGAGGGCGCCCGAGGGCCCCCGGGCUUCAAGGGACACACAGGCGAUGCUGGCGCCCCCGGCCCCCGGGGAGAGCCCGGCGCCAUGGGGCCCCCCGGCCGGGAGGGGACCCCCGGAAAGGAUGGGGAUGCCGGACCCGCGGGGCCGCAGGGCCCCCAAGGACCGAGGGGCCCGCCGGGGAAGAGCGGACCGCCCGGCGCCUCAGGGGACCGCGGCCCCCCGGGAAGCCCGGGCCAGAAAGGCAGCAAAGGAGACGGCGGCAGCCCGGGCCUGCCUGGCUUCCUGGGCCCCCGGGGGCCUCCGGGCGAGCCCGGAGAGAAGGGAGCCCCAGGAAAGGAGGGCGAGCCCGGGAAGCCUGGAGCAGCAGGACCCAGAGGAGAGAGGGGAGAUCCCGGCACCAAGGGUGACAAAGGAGCUCCCGGUGGGAAAGGCCAGCCUGGGGACCCGGGCAUCCCCGGCCACAAAGGCCACACGGGCCUGAUGGGCCCCCAAGGCCCGCCCGGGGAGAGCGGGCCGGCCGGGCCCCCGGGGCCUCCGGGGCAGCCGGGCUUCCCGGGCCUGAGGGGCGAGUCUCCCUCCCUGGACACCCUGCGGCGGCUCAUCCAGGAGGAGGUCGGGAAGCAGCUGGAGACCAAACUCGCCUACCUCAUGGCCCACAUGCCCCCGGCGCACGUGAAGGCGUCUCAGGGCAGACCCGGGCCCCCGGGGCCCCCCGGCAAAGACGGGCUUCCGGGCCGAGCAGGCCCCAUGGGGGAGCCGGGACGGCCUGGGCAGGGGGGUCUGGAAGGACCGUCCGGACCAGUUGGUCCCAAAGGUGAGCGCGGAGCCAAAGGUGACCCAGGAACGCCAGGUGUUGGCCUCCGAGGCGAGAUGGGCCCCCCCGGAAUUCCAGGUCAGCCUGGGCAGCCCGGCUACGCCAAAGACGGGCUUCCUGGGGGCCCCGGCCCUCAGGGGGAGACCGGACCCGCCGGACACCCCGGCCCCCCGGGCCCGCCCGGCCCCCCCGGCCAGUGCGACCCCUCCCAGUGCGCCUACUUCGCCAGCCUGGCCGCCCGCCCGGGGAAUGUGAAGGGCCCCUAG